UCUUCUGCUGUACCUGGAGGUUAACAGCUCUGUGUAAGGAGUAGAUCUUGUCACCAUGGCUCUCAGCGAUGCUGACGUCCAAAAGCAGAUCAAACACAUGAUGGCUUUCAUUGAACAAGAAGCAAAUGAGAAGGCCAAAGAAAUCGAUGCAAAGGCAGAAGAAGAGUUCAACAUUGAGCAAGGUCGUCUUGUGCAAACGCAGAGGCUAAAGAUAAUGGAAUAUUAUGAAAAGAAGGAGAAACAAAUUGAACAGCAGAAGAAAAUUCAGAUGUCCAACUUGAUGAAUCAGGCAAGAUUGAAAGUCCUCAGAGCCAGAGAUGACCUUAUCUCAGACUUAUUAAAUAAAGUUAAGCAGAGACUUGCCAAAGUAGUGAAAGAUACAACCAGGUAUCAGGUACUUUUGGAUGGUCUGGUCCUUCAGGGUUUAUACCAAUUGCUGGAGCCACGAAUGAUUGUCCGUUGCAAGAAAGAUGAUAUCCCUCUCGUCACGACUGCAGUGCAAAAAGCAAUCCCUAUGUACAAGAUUGCAACCAAAAAAGAUGUUGAUGUCCAAGUUGAUCAGGAGGCAUACCUGGCAGAGGAAAUAGCUGGAGGUGUUGAGAUCUAUAAUGGGGAUCAUAGAAUAAAAGUUUCUAAUACCCUAGAAAGUAGACUGGAUCUUAUAGCCCAACAGAUGAUGCCAGAAGUCCGUGGGGCCUUGUUUGGUGCUAAUGCCAACAGGAGAUUUUUGGACUAGACCUCUGAUGAGGUGGGUUCCAUUCCAUCUGCUGUAUUGAUGAGUUAUAAGUGUCUAAAAAUGAAGAAACAACUAUCAAUGUACCUCCUUUUUGAUGUUCUGACACUGUUCU